AUGGGUCAUGCGCCGGUAAUGCAGCGUGGUAGUGAUGUGAGUGGGACCCUCUUACCAGCCCGCAGUGUCCAGCACCAGUCAUUUCGGGCUUUAAAUAAAUCAAACCCUAAGACUACUUUUCUUUGCUGUCUUCCGCUGCUUUCUCAUUUCUCAUUUCUACUCUGCUGUGUCUUCUCGGCCUUGGACCCUCCACCCUCUGCAACUAUGGGCAAGAUCAAGAUCGGAAUCAAUGGAUUUGGAAGGAUUGGUCGCUUGGUGGCGAGAGUGGCUCUGCAGAGAGAUGAUAUCGAACUCGUUGCUGUCAAUGACCCUUUCAUUUCUACCGACUACAUGACAUACAUGUUCAAGUACGACAGUGUUCACGGCCAGUGGAAACAUCACGAUAUCACGGUCAAGGACUCUAAAACCCUUCUUUUCGGUGAAAAGUCUGUCACUGUGUUUGCUCACAGGAACCCGGAAGAGAUCCCCUGGGCUGAGACUGGAGCUGAGUUUGUUGUUGAGUCCACCGGUGUCUUUACUGACAAGGAGAAGGCUGCUGCCCAUUUGAAGGGUGGUGCAAAGAAGGUUGUCAUAUCUGCCCCUAGUAAAGAUGCUCCCAUGUUUGUCGUAGGUGUUAAUGAGCACGAAUACAAGCCGGAACUGAAUAUUGUCUCCAAUGCAAGCUGCACGACCAACUGCCUUGCUCCACUUGCCAAGGUUAUUCAUGAUAGAUUUGGCAUUGUCGAGGGGCUAAUGACCACCGUUCACUCCAUCACUGCUACCCAGAAGACUGUUGAUGGGCCAUCAAGUAAAGACUGGAGGGGCGGAAGAGCUGCCUCAUUUAACAUCAUUCCGAGCAGCACUGGAGCUGCUAAGGCUGUUGGGAAAGUUCUUCCUUCUUUGAAUGGAAAAUUGACUGGAAUGGCAUUCCGCGUUCCUACUGUGGAUGUCUCUGUUGUUGAUCUCACUGUGAGGCUGGAAAAGGCAGCCUCCUAUGACCAAAUUAAAGCUGCCAUCAAGGAGGAGUCCCAGGGCAAGUUGAAGGGAAUCCUUGGUUACGUUGAAGAAGAUUUGGUCUCCACUGACUUCGUUGGGGACAGCAGGUCAAGUAUUUUUGAUGCUAAGGCAGGUAUUGCUUUGAACGAUAACUUUGUGAAGCUUGUUGCUUGGUAUGACAACGAGUGGGGUUACAGCACACGCGUUGUUGACUUGAUUACUCACAUGGCCAAAACUCAUUAAGCCGGUACUGCAAGUAGCCUGCUGAGUGCUUGUCUUUAUAAAGUUUGGCGUAGUCGCAGUCUAGUUUCCUGUCAUGGAGACUGAGAGUUCCAAAUAAAUGGUUUCCUACUGCAUCCCUCGUGUUGCUGUGGGAAACGUUGGUUUCUUAGGCCUUUCGUUUUAAUUGCCUCUUUUGUGGAGGAGCUGGAGAUUCUGAAUUUUUAUACCUGUAUGUCUUUGACUUGUGAUGUCAGAUGGUUUUCGUGUCUCCGUUUCUGAUUUUUGUUUCUUUCAAAUUAUGGUUGUUUAGCCUACGGAGAGUACAGAAAAUGUACGAGGUUGUGCGGUGCCUCUCGAGUAUAUUGAAGCAAUCAUACCUUGGUCGUUAUUAAAUAAAACAGGCUGAAUUAUUUCAGUUCCAAA